UGCCGAGUGAACUACAGAACAGUCAGCGGGCUGCACAGUUCACCCUGCCGGUGAGAACACGGCGAUCUCGCCAUGACGUGGUUGGGGAACAUAACGCCGCAAAUCUUGCAGGAAAUCUUGGACAAGUAUAACAUGACUCGGGAAGACUUCAUAGGUGCCUUCAAUCUCACUCCUAGGGUGUAUGUAACAGAACUGUCGCCUAGUGCCAAGACAGUCACCCUGGUGUCCUACAUCGUGAUUUUUCUGGCGGCUCUGCUCGGGAACUCCCUGGUGGUGUUUGUUGUGUGGAAGAACAAAGGGAUGCGGACAACUAUGAACAUCUUCAUCUGCUCACUGGCGGCGAGUGAUCUGCUCAUCACCAUCUUCUGUAUCCCGGUCACCCUGAUGCAAAACAUGCUGAAGAACUGGAUACUGGGAGACUUCAUGUGCAAGUUGGUGCCAUUUAUUCAGACGAUCGCAGUGGCCUCCAGUGUCCUGACUCUGACCGGUAUCGCAGUAGAACGUUACUACGCCAUCAUUCAUCCUCUCAAGGUGAAGUACCUCCUGAGUAAAGCCCGUGCCGGCGUCAUCCUGGCCCUGGUGUGGGUGGUGUCAGUCGGCGUGGCCACUCCCAUGCUCUUCGUCCACAAGACCGAGGAACUGAAAGAUGUCCUGUUCGACCUGCAGUUCGUGACCUGUGGGGAGAAGUGGUGGGGACCGACUCAGCAGACAACCUACACCAUCUUCAACCUGGUGGUGCUGUUCAUCCUCCCGCUCCUCACCAUGACCAGCCUGUACAUCCGGAUCGCCCACCGCCUGUGGGUGCAGCAGCCUGUGGGGGUGUUCGCCGGCAGCAACUUCGCUCACGGCAACUCCGUCCGCCGCAAGCGCCAGGCCAUCAAGAUGCUGGUUGUUGUCGUGUUGCUGUUCGCUGUUUGCUGGCUGCCCUACCACACAGUCACCAUGAAGGGCGAGGUGACCGGGCUUCGACUGGAUGAGAAAUCUGGAAAGCUGCUGGUCGCCAUCGUGCAGCUGAUUGCCUUCAGCAACAGCUUUAACAACCCCGUGGUGUACGCCAUCCUCAACGAGAACUUCAAGAAGAACUUCAUGACCAUGCUGCGGUGUGGAGUGAACCGCGUGUCUCCACAGCAGGUCACCCCCAACACCCUGCAGACUCCCAUGGAACAGUCCACACGCAGCUGCAGACUGCCUCCACAGCAGCAGAUCUGAUC